AAGUGCACCAUCGGUUUAGGGUAAGCUUCAUUCAAGCGACACUCGGAGUAGCCCGUUUGACAACCGGCAGGUGCGCUCUUUCCCUAACACGCCGAUGGCACACGACUGCCGUGACAAGGAGGACCUGGCUCAAGUUGCCUUCAAACAUCCUCUGCGCAUAGAAAAUCAGAGGCUCGCCGAGGAGAAUACUAGGUUGAAGAGAAUCUUGCUUUCGCACUCCCUUUCCUGGUCCCCCGCCUCCCAGGCUUUUUUGGCUGGUAAGGGAAGCUGCACUCAGCGCAAGACGAGGUCCUCCAUAAGCAACCCACAGAAGAGCGGCGGCCUAUAUCUACCGGCUGAGAUUGUUUUACGCGUUCUCAAAUUUGCUGUGCAGAGUCAGCACCCGAUUCUCGAUCCGUUGUCGCCAUCUAAUCCGGCUCACUUGACCGAGGCUGAGAAGGAUCGGGGGAAUCAAGUUGCCAUCAACUUUCUCGCCACUUGCAAAGCGAUUCAUGUGGAGGGCACCAAACUCUUCUGGAAUUCAAACACGUUUGUUUUCACGACACCUCAAGCACUCACGACGUUUGGUGCUUUAAGUGCUGGCUUUCGCGAGGACAUCCGUCACAUCACUAUUCGUGUCAUUGCUAGGUACUACGAUGACCAAAAAGCGCGGAAGUUGAAGUUGCCUGCCGCAUACCACACCGAAUUGAAGAGGGACAUGAAGCUGAAGGUCGCCCAACGACCUAAGGAGGCUGCACUUGUUCGAGGGGGGCUUCGAUCCUACGCCUGGACCCAAGUUGUCGACUUUCUUCAGGCAUUGCGUGGCCCUUUUGACAUCAACUUUCGACAUAAAGAUAAGCCCAGACCGAAUCUUCUACCGAACCUAACCUCCAUGCGCAUAGACCUCGUCAACUUUACAGAUCGAUACCUGCCGCCAUCCGGCGCCGAACUUCAUGACGUUGCAUCGCACGAAUUCGGCUGCACACUGAACGAGCUGCAGAUCACUGGAAUGCCCGACGGCGACAUUGGAAGCAGAGCAAACGCAGAACUCAGCGGUAUGCUCAAAGACGAGGGUCUCUUCAUGGACGGCAUCGCAGCAUACUGGGCACCCUCGGCAGGACAGCUGCAGCCACUGCGAGGUUACUAUUGGGCCCCUCGUGUUGUGCGUGCCGCAAUGGAGGACUUUAGUGACGACGAGGAUGACCUCUUGGGGUUUGACGGAGAGAUGACGGCGUGGUACAACCAGGGCCACUCGCAUAAAGGAUUUGCCCCUCCAGCACCACCGGAAGAAGGGUGCCCAGAGACAUGUAUGCCCCUCGACGAGUACAUCUGGAAGCGAGUGCCAAUCAGUCGAGAUGAGGAGUCUCGUGAUUGGGUUCUGUUUGAUCGACGCACUGGCCGGGAGCAUUUCGACGAAGACGAGGACCUCUGCCCCUGUUGCGGCACGUGGCACGAGUCUGUUUACGGUGCAGGUGAUUUGGACCUGAGUCUGGACUGAAUCCUGUCUUUUGGAGGCUGUUAUUUCUAUUGGCGUUUGGGAGCAUAUGGACUGGCUUUUGGGGAGUAAAAUAUGGACGAGAUACCCAUGGACGGAAUCAAGGCGCGCUGGCGAUGGUAGGAACAUGUAUUUGCAAGACAUUUCGCGCUGGGAGACAAAGACCU